CAUGCCUGCGGCUCAAGGUAUGAAAUGCCCGAGGCGUCGCUACUGCGAGCUCGUCAGCCACGUGGGGCCGACGCAAGCGCUCCGACAACAGCGGAAAGAGCUAGGGCGCGCGCACUCCGCAGCCGUCAGUUUGCUCCGGAGCCAGCAAAUACCGGGAGCAGUUCUUCCAUGCUCGGGCCGACGCACCAAGACAGCUGAUGCCUGACAUGGGCCAGUGGUUGCGGGGACCUCGUGCCGUACUUCUUGUGCUAGCCUUCGCUCAGUGCGCCGUCGCGGGAUUGGGACUUGAGCCAAGCCACAAGUACUCAACCAGCCUGGAAGAAGAAGAGUCUGCGACGGAACGCUAUUCAGCUGCAGCGCAAGAUCCGCCUGUCAAAGAUGGCGCAGGCGAAGUGCCUUUGUUGCACACGCCUAGGCUGUACUACCUCGAUCAGGUCCUGGCACAGUACGACAAGCGAGCAUGGCCAACCUAUGGACUCGACUAUCCAACAUUCGUUAAAGUCAACAUCUAUGUCAACAGCAUAGGACCUGUCAACGCCAACAACAUGGAAUACGGGAUGGAUAUUUACCUUCGCCAGUCAUGGCAAGACACCCGACUAAGCCUGCGCCCGUUCGGAGUGAACAGCACGGUGACCAUCAAUGGCGAAGACAUCAUGGGCAAAAUCUGGAAGCCCGACCUAUUCUUCCGAAACGUGAAGGAGGCCAAGUUCCACCACGUGACCGUGCCCAACAAGCUGGUGAAGAUAUCUCCUGACGGCGAGGUGCUUUUCAGCAUGCGCCUCACCCUGCGUCUUGCCUGCUUCAUGUCUUUCCGGCACUUCCCGCUCGAUACGCAGCGAUGUCACAUCCUUCUGGGCCCAUAUGCUCAAACGAUAGACCAAACGGCGAUUUCUUGGCAAGAAAACGACCCCAUAGUCUUAGAGCACCCCAUUGAAGUGCCGGAAUUCGACUUGGUUCAUCGCUCUUAUGGACAGUUUAACAGAACAAUCGACACAGGCGUAUUUAGUUUUCUCAACGUUACAUUCACACUGGUCCGGCAGAAUGGUUACCACUUGAUUCAAACCUACCUGCCGACAUUCCUCAUCGUGAUGAUCUCCUGGGUUUCCUUCUGGCUGAACGUGGAUGCCACACCAGCUCGCGUCACUCUAGGGGUGACGACGCUCCUGACCAUGACCACUGUGGCGUCGGGUGUCCGCACCCAACUGCCACCCGUUUCCUACAUCAAGGCAAUUGACGUGUGGAUCGGCGCAUGCUCGGUCAUGGUCUUCGGCGCCCUCCUCGAGUUUACGCUCGUAAACUACCUUUCACGGAGCAAGAUGAGACCCGAAGAGUUCCGCAAGUCCAUCAACAUCUUCCAGGUCGGUCGAUCACUGUUGAGCUUCAACCGGCGCCUUGACGUUGCCGAGACUGACGGCAAGAACCAUGAGAUAGAGUUAAAGGAUUCCGAAACGCGCAACAGGAAGGCAAGUGAAAAGCACGACGCCGAUGAACCGACGAACAAGUACGAAUCAAGGGUCAGCCACGAGCAGCAAAAGAACCUGAAGCGGUCUCAGAACGUCGACCGCAUUUGUCGCGUCAUGUUCCCCUUCAUGUUCUUCCUCUUCAACGUUAUCUACUGGACGUACUACCUGUACAAAAACGAGCACGUCUAAGCCACGCUGUGUUGAACAUACGUGCUAUGUGAUAUCCAACAGUUCACAGCAUCGAGCAUCUCAUUAUUUUUAAAAUAUCAUUUCAAUUAAUGUGGAAUGCACGGAAAAUAAGAGGGCCGAAGAAGGCAGGACACCAUCCGUCAACAUCAAAAUCGCGACGAUUGGAAACAUUUUUUCAUGAGCCAGGACUCGAACGAGAAAAAGGAGAUAGAGGAGAAGUAUGGUUGCUUUUUCUCAAGUGUUGGUGUUACAAUAACUUAGUAGAGCGUACCUUUCGAACACAGCCCCACCAGUCUGUUCUAAGGUUGCAAAGAGGUUGGGACCUUUGUCAGAAAUGCGUGUGGUUCUAGAACAAAAGUACUAUCCGCUGACGUAACAGCGAAGUGUUAACACUGUCGCCAAGUCUCCGAGCACAGAACGCAAAACACCCGCAUUUCAAGGUAUUUAGAAGAGAGUUCUUCUGCAAUACACAUGGACUGCCAUUGGGUAGUUGCCAAGCCGGCACGAGUGGGGCUUUGUAAGGUAACUUCCCUGUAGUGUGUGGCCAGGAGCGAUUCAAGCGUAGGACGACAUGCCGGCACGGGUACUUGUCACAAGUAGCGGAUUCCAGUUACGAAGACAAAAUGAGAUAGACGCGGGCAAACUGGUCGACGAACUUCAUCAUGCAAAAGCCAGAGCGUUGGCUUGAAAAGACAAACGAUAAAAGUCGUCCAUUUUGCCGUCGCCCAUGCUCAGGCUUUUUCAACAUGAAGUUACGCAACUCGCAAGGCUGACCUAAGCGCUAUGUGUGUUGUCGUGGAAUGUUCACUUACAACGGCAUCUAUUGUCCGUCAAUACUUACAUCGUUUAUUGUCACGCAUUCCAGUCCUGUAUUUUUUUUCGACCUCGUGUGACGUAAUUGCAAUGGGCUAUUUCAUACACGAAUGCUUUUUAAACGCAAAACAGGUACUUGUUGUACAGCACCCCAUGGGAACGGCAUGCAGUGCUACCUUAAAGGGAUACUUCGGAACGAUCGGUGAAAAAAUUGCUGCACAUCGUAGUUUGUGCAUAGCAUCCACAGUACACCUGCCAUCAACUUUGUUUCUUUCUCAUGCGACGAAUUAUGCCUCAAAUAAGCGAGCAACCAAACCGAAACAGGAACGUGGAGAGGAGUCGCAGAAACUUUACCCUCCGAAGGCCAACGCGUUACGUCACCCUGCAUGGAGCGGACAAGUAGUAUAUCACGUCGGAAUCAGAUUCCGCAGACACAGAUGGAAAGAAACAGCGAUCACCUGUUUCCUGAGAGUCAGGAAACAGCGCAGGUAUGGUAUGCGUAAUGCACAUUGAUGUUGGCCGACCAGAGAAAGAAAGAAGUACUUCCAUCGACGCUCGGUGGGAGCCAGACUUUUUCAAAUUUCAGAAGUCAUUUUUACGAUUCCACCUUCGUUUUCAAGUGAGAUAUUUCACAACUGUGUCCAGUUCGUGUAAAUGAUUGUGGGAAUACCGCGAGCUUGAAAUCCAUUUUUGUUGCGAAGCCUCCCUUUAAAGGCACCCCUUUUGCAACAAAACUGUGACGGAGUCCACCAUUGGAGAUAUCUCGACCAGUCGCACUGCCCACUUGUCAUUCACGAACUUUGCUCUCCACAUCAAGCACAGGUCGAGGGGAUCUGAAAUAGUGGGAUAGUAAUGUUGCAUUCGUCGCAUCGUUCUCAUCGUUUUUACGCAAACCGAGUACAAAAUCAAUGCAUGGGACCAAGGCUAUGCAGAUGAACAGCGCCGUAUCGAGCAAAUGUCAAGCAGAGGGCCAGAGGCCUUCGUGAAAUGUGACUGGCGUGUUCUCACUGCAAAAUAAAAAAAAAUAAUCAUGUCACAGUAUUGUUUGUAUGAUGGAACUUUAUAUAAAGAUUGUAUUGUGUUGUUCGUGAAUCGUGGUGAUCCUAUGACGUAGUGUUUUGUGUGUGGACACAUUUGUAUUCAUGAUUUUUUGUUCUCAGCUGUAAAGGUGUUUUAGGCUCCGCAUUUGGGCCUUUGAAAAUAUGUUGUAGACAACACUAAGUCAACGCUCACUGGACACUGUUAUACACACUUUCUACCACGCUCAACGGUAUGUGACUUGUGUGAACUUCGUGAAUUUUAUUUUCAUCCACAUUAUGUGUGUUUGGCACAGGAGAUGGCGGUGUCCGAAACUUUGAAACUAUGUUUGUGCAAAUUUGGCUUGAUUCAUUGUUUGUCACUUAUUAUGUGUCAGGUCAGGUCGUUCCCUCUCUUUUCUUCAUAAUGCACAAUGAAAACUUCCGUAAACAUUUACGUUAUAGGUGGCGACGGCCGUGGCCGUGCAUUGAUCUCUUGAAGAGGAUCCAGCCUCAUUCGACCAACAGUGCUCAAUCGUGUGACGAUGUAUAGCGUGUCUGCUACGUUAUGGGAUUAUGCUACGGAGUCGACCCGUAUUCUACGUAUCCAGAGGAUAGUAUGAUCCGAAUUGCCGGAAAGAAAAUUUACAUGGAGCCAUGGAAUUUCUAUGUCUCCCUGAUUACUGCGGUACAGCCUGAUAAAAUUAUAUGAGAAGGUGUAAAUCUACACCCAAUUUUUUAUUAGAAGAGAAGCGCCUCAUACUGAUUCUGAACAAUACCAGCCGUAAAGCAGUGUAACUGAGAGUUUGACGCAUCAUGAAGACUCGCUUCCAUUUAAGGUCACUGCAGACCAGACAUCCAGAUGAAUAACACAGGACAGUGGCAAGGAUAAACUGUAACCUAACGCAAGAAAUUAGUGACAAGCUUUUCGACCAUUCACUACAUUUUUAUUUUUUAGUAUUCAUUGUGCCACGGUACACAUUAUUUCCACCCGUCGACGACGGUCGCUACACCGAACGUACCUGUAUCUACAGUCACAUCUGUAAGCUACACUUUAGACCGGCACUAUUGCAACCGCACACGUGAGUGAUGAAACCGCGGUUAGAAUUUGUCGUUCAUUCUGUUAGAAAACGUACAGCUCUGUUACCGACACAUGCGUGCAGACUUGAAGGUCUAGCGUCACGUGAUGCAAGAAAGCACAAACCAUACGAAAGAAGCAGAAAGCGAGACAGAUGAGAAACAUUCCCCGGGUCGCUCACUUGCCUUCAGCUGAUGGUGGUUACGUUGCUUCGAGCAGUGACCCCCGCGCGAAAUUCCGCACUAAUACUUCGCACCAGGGUACAUUUCAAGAUUUUAACUUAUACAUCUGUGUUUGAGAACACUCUCGCUACUCUCGUAACCUAAGCUUCCGCUCCCCAUUCAAUAGGAUUCUCUUCAAACCACCUUCACACUGUGCGCGACAAAUAUGACUAAGCGUGCGCCAGUAGGCUAAACUUCACUAUAUUGAUUCCACGUAAUAUUCGCAUUUGCACCGGAACAGUAGUAGCGAAUCUACAUUAUGCUUGCAGUUAUAAUGAAAGUAUUCUGCACGUAACUCUAGAUUGACACUUGUGAAGAUCUGUGAAGCAUGUUAAAGGUGUAACACACGGGAGGCUUUCAACUGGUCACAGGCGCUGUUUAGUGCAUCGUGAGUUGUUAUCAAAUAUUUAUUCAGAGCGAUUGGAUACAAUAUAAAUGACGUUGAUUUCACGUUCUCAAUUCUGAGUGAAUAAAGAUAUGCAUGAAACCUCCGA